CCAAAACAAACCAACAAAAGAAAAUAUGGCGCCCCUAAUUACACACAUGUACACCGCCGACCCCUCCGCUCACGUCUUUAACGGGCGCGUGUACAUCUACCCCUCGCACGACCGCGAGACCGACAUCCAGUUCAACGACAAUGGCGACCAGUACGACAUGGCUGACUACCACGUCUUCUCCACCCCCUCCCUGGACCCUCAGGGUCCCGUAACCGACCACGGCGUCGUCCUCAAGACCGAAGACGUUCCAUGGGUAUCCAAGCAGCUCUGGGCUCCCGACGCCGCCUGCAAGAACGGCAAAUACUACCUCUACUUCCCCGCUCGUGACAAGCAGGGCAUCUUCCGCAUCGGCGUCGCCGUUGGUGACAAGCCCGAGGGCCCAUUCACUCCCCAGCCGGAGCCCAUCAAGGGAUCUUACUCGAUCGAUCCCGCCACGUUUGUUGAUGAUGAUGGCGAGGCGUACUUGUAUUUCGGUGGACUGUGGGGCGGACAGCUGCAGUGCUACCAAAAGGGAAACAACGUGUUUGACGCCGAGUGGCAGGGGCCCAAGGAACCUACGGGCAAGGGCGUCAAGUCCUUGGGAGCUCGUGUAGGCAGGUUGACGCAGAACAUGCUGGAGUUUGCGGACGAACAGGGUGUGCGCGAGGUGACCAUCCUGGCUCCCGAAACGGGCGAGCCGCUGGACGCGGACGAUCAUGAGCGUCGCUUCUUCGAGGCCGCGUGGAUGCAUAAGCGGAAUGGCAAGUACUACUUUUCGUACUCGACGGGCGACACGCAUUUUCUGUGCUAUGCCGUGGGCGACUCGCCUUAUGGACCGUUUACCUAUGGUGGAAGGAUUCUGGAGCCGGUGCUGGGAUGGACGACGCAUCACUCGAUUGUGGAGUUCCCGGAGAAGAGUGAUAGGUGGUGGUUGUUCCAUCAUGAUUGUGAACUGAGCAAGGGAGUGGAUCAUUUGAGAAGCGUGAAGGUUAAGGAGAUCUUCUUUGAUGAAGAGGGGAAGAUUUGUGGGGAAAAGCAGCCGGCUGGGAAGUAAAGUAUCAUGGGGAUGGGCAUGGAUGGGUAUGGGCGAAUUAUUAGUAGGUAGGUAGUCAGACUAUCCUUCUGUAUCAUGGUUUCUUUCUGGACAUACCCAAGCUUGUCAAUCCAUGAGCGCAUGCUCGAAGGGUUUCGGGCUGACAUGACGAUUUCGGCCAUUGGAGGCUGAUGUCCUGGUAAUAAGAGGGUGCAAUUGAUUGCUUGCCGGUGG